ACCUUAAGAAACUGUACACACAAGUACACAUUUCUUACAAAGCACUAACAUUGAAGCUUCCUUUCGAAAGUUAGUCUUCAGACCAAGAAAAGAGAAGAUCACACAUUCUUAUAGACAUAAAUAGUGUUGAGCAUGAAUGAUGCAGAGACAAACUUGGCGAGGAGUUUCAGCGAUGAUACUCACUCAGGAUUCGAGUUUCCGGAGCUAGACUUGUCAGAUGAAUGGAUGGAUGAUGAUCUUGUGUCUGCAGUUUCGGGGAUGAAUCAAUCUUAUGGUUAUCAGACUAGUGAUGUUGCUGCUGCUUUAUUCUCAGGUUCUUCUAGCAGUUUCAGUCAUCCUGAAUCACAAAGGACCAACGCUUCUGUUGCGGCUACAGCCACUGCUUCUGCCAACAACCAAAACAAGAAAGAAAAGAAGAAAGUUAAAGAGAGAGUUGCGUUCAAGACACGGUCUGAGGUGGAAGUGCUUGACGACGGGUUCAAGUGGAGAAAGUAUGGGAAGAAGAUGGUGAAGAACAGCCCACAUCCCAGAAACUACUACAAAUGUUCAGUUGAUAGCUGUCCUGUGAAGAAAAGGGUUGAAAGAGAUAGAGAUGAUCCGAGCUUUGUGAUAACAACUUACGAGGGUUCCCACAAUCACUCGAGCAUGAACUAAGGCUCAAGGCAAGAUUACGUUGCCUGAAAAAAGAUAGUGAGACUAUGCUAUAGAUGGCAUCUUAUUUUCUAUGGUUGAGAGAUAUAAAAAAGGGUGCAAGAU